AUGACUCGCUUAACACCUCUAUUGGUCGAGGUGUACGAUAAGAGCUCGACCGAGUCGCUCGCGCAAUGUGCUUCCUCGCUGCUGGUUAUAUCGACGACAUUUUCGGGAAUCGUUCUGGCACGGAUUGCAACUCACAAUAUUAGUAAUAAUUGUAUUCGCUACCUUAUCGAAUUCGUACUGAUCGUUGUGCCGGGCGUGCUUAUAGUGACAAACUUGGGCAGCGAUUAUGGCGCCCAUUACAUGGCAAUUAUGGUGUUACUUUUCGCCAUUUUCAUUUGCCAUACGCGAUCGCUGGGACUUGCCCGUCGACGUCAGACUUUUGACAUGGGAGCCCGUCCCACCACGUUGACAGUGGUUAGAGCCCUGACUCACAUAAUUACUGCCAUAUGCAUAUUGGCCAUCGAUUUCAAUAGCUUCCAUAGGCCCUUUCGCAAGAGUCCGGGAUUUGGGGCUCACUUAAUGGAUUCUGGCAUUGGAUUAUUCGUCGUAACAAUGGGCUUAGUGUCUCGUCGACCACGCAAUUGUGCCGAUGUGCGACGUAGUUUGCUAUGGUCCGUAUUACCACUUUUAAUGUUAGGAACCGGACGCACCGUUAUCAUUAUGGCCAUUGAGUAUGGACAAGAUGCACAUGAGUAUGGUGAACAUUUAAAUGCAUUCUUUACAUUGGGAUUUACUAAACUUCUCGGUACAAUGUUAAGUGCAAUGGUAUGCAGUGACUUUCAAUAUUUAUUGGUGGCGUUUGGACUGCUCUUUGCACAUCAAUUGGGCUUGAGCCACGGCAUCUCGGAUUACAUAAUGAACGAGGACAAUCCCCGUUCAUCAGUGUUCAGCGCUAAUCGCGAGGGUCUGCUCUCGUUGCCCGGUUUUGUGGUUUUAUACUUGAUCUCCAUGUACUUUAGCAGGUGGUUGAUGUCUAAAACGAUCCUCAGCUAUGCCGAAAUGAUUAAAAGGCUAAGGACUAUGCUCUUCAUAAUGCUUCUCUGCUGGGGUUUGUUCGUAAUUAGCGCCUACCUUUUCGGUGUUUCUCGCGUCUCCUGCAACUUUGGUUAUGUCGUGUGGAUAUUUGGCAUAAUAAGUACAAUGCUCUGGCUCACCAUGUUCAUAUUUGAUUUCAUAAUCAAUACUGUGCUACCGUUACCAACAUCAACAAUAUCUGACACCCUGGACGAAGGAAUUCCGUUGACUCACUCUACACCCCAAAAUCAUUCUAAAACUAUACACAGCGGUUUUCUUAUCUGUGAUGCUCUUAAUAUGAAUGGCUUGACAUUUUUUAUGAUCGCCAAUGUUCUUACUGGUUGUGUAAAUAUGUUUCUAAGUCCUGAGAAUCGGUCCAAUAGUGCAUCGGUGGGCAUUUUAUUGGUCUACAUGCUUCUGGCAACAGGGGUAGCUUAUAUACUUUUUAAAAAACGUAUUCGCAUAGCCUAA